UAAAAGGAGCGGGUUUGACUACACACGAAAAAACAAAUAAAAUCGCUCACUGAGGACAUAUUUAGACAUAAUUAUUCAGACUGGUGUCAUUCAUCUUUGAAACCAGGCUUGAUAACUGCCAUUGACAUUUUUAAACCCAGGAGCCAUUAAAGUGUUACACGUAUUACGCGGUUUGCUCGCUUCGAGGAUUUUACAGCCUGCCCCUGGUGUCGUUGUUGCGGAAGUGAAAAAGUCUACGUGGGGAAGAAAGGCAAAUGGACGCGGUGAGCGGCAACCAGGGCGUAUAAAUGGGACGGAGAGGCGACGACAGGCUGUAAUGCUGCGCCGGGUGCGGCAGUCUCUCCGGCAGGUGCUGCUUCUGAUGGCCCGGAGACCGGACCUGCUCUGCGGGGCUAUCGUGCUCGGCGUCCUGCUCGUGCUGGCCGUCAAGUUCACGUGCAGUCGUGCUAAGAAUGUGGUGGCAGCAGCUCGUCCUCCGGUGCGUUUCUUUUCUGCUGACGCCCCUGUAGUGGAUCUCUACUUGGGUCAGCUCGACCAGGUGGAGCGUCUCAGGAGUGUGGCCGAGGUGUCUUUUAUUUUCUUCUAUGCACCAUGGUGUGCUCACUCUAUGGCUGCCCGACAGGAAGUGCAGCAGGUCUCUAAGAAGCUGGUGAAAGAGGUGCAGUUUGUGGCUGUUAACUGCUGGUGGAGUCAGGGGAAAUGCAGGAGGCAAAACCGCUUCUAUCACUACCCCAUCAUCCAUCUGUUUUACAGAAGGUUUGGGCCAAUAGAGUACAGAGGUCCAUUUGUGGCUCCAUAUAUGGAAAGUUUUGUUCUUAAAGUCAUCACGCCACUGACUUACCUCCCUUCAAGAGCUCGCCUUGAAGAGUUCCUCUCCUUUCACGAGCCUCGAGUGGUGGGCUUCUUCCAGUUUAACUCUUCUCCUCAGCCGCCAGGAUACAUCACAUAUCUGUCCUCUGCCCUGCAGGCCCUAAAAAGGGAUUUCCGUGGCGUUGUACGUUUUGGGGUCGUGACCAACAAGCAGGUGGCAGAGGCCAUCUCACUAACGGAAGAUGAGACAAUUUUUCUCCACAGAAGAUUUAACUCCUCUUUGAUCUUCCCCAGAAAGCGCCUUAACUUUUCAUCAGAGGCCAUUUGUAGCUGGGUGUUUGAAAACCACGAGACCGUCCUCCAGUGGCUACAGCCCCCAGGAACAAAAUCCCGCCUGUUAGAACAUGAGUUGACCAAAGGCCCUGCGCUACUGCUGUUCCUGCCACACAAUCCACUGGGAUCACAACCCAGUCCCAUGCUACAGCAGGUUGCAGACAUUGCUGUGCGUUACCAUUCCUGUGACAACAGCAACCACUCCAGCUGGGACAAAAGUUUCACCUCCCACUCACUGUGCUGCCAGUCAGUUGUCCUCCCAGAGUCGAGUACAAGUGUGUGCGAAGUGUGCCUCAGCUUUUCACAGCCGACCUUCACCACCUCACCUCUUCACUGCUUGUUCCCUCCUUCAAAUCAGGGAGGAGACGUGUUUCAAGCUUAUCUCAGACGCUGCUGCCUCCACCAACUACCUUCCCCCAUGUCUAUUAAUAGUGCAACCUCAAUGGGAUGUAGCAAUUUUUUGGACAGCUACAGCCCAUUUAGUCAAUACAGUGCCUGCUGCAGAAAAGUAGAACCUCAGCUCAAUGAAUCACAAGCCAAAGAGGAGCCAGAGAUGCAAGGUGUUCCGCUUACGCCUCCUUUCUUGAUCCCUCCAUCCUCUGUCCCUCAGCCGGAGGGAGACGGCAUCACCGGGCUCCGCUGUCAGACCAACAGGACACUCAGGUUUUAUGUGUUGGAUGUUGCUUUGAACUGGCCUCUGGCAGUCAGGCUUGGAGCAUCAGGCAACAGAAGUGCUUGUCUUCACCAAGAACCUGGUGCACAAGGUGAUGGGAGCGAUGAUGGUUCGUUUGCUGCUAUUGUGAACCUGAAGGAUGAGGUUCAUUAUGUUCUUCAGCGCAGUCCAGCAGCCACACUAACAGAGUCUUUGGAGGCCUUCAUCAGGAACUUCAGUGCUCCCUACAGCCUCUUGCAGAGACACUUGGUUGGAGAGGAGGACAGGAAGGGAGCUGAAGAGGAAGCGACGCGUUCAGAUGAACACCAGCGCUCACCUCCACGUCUCCUCAUCACAGAGUUGACCACUUCCUCCUUCCUGCCCUCUGUCAUGGACCUCCAGAAGGACGUGCUGCUGUUCUACUACACUCAGUGGUGUGGAUUCUGCUCGGUUCUCAACCACAUCAUCAUCCAGCUGGCCAGAUUAUUACAGGGAAACGGCACCAUCACUGUGGCCAGGGUGAAUGUUGCACGUAAUGACCUCCCCUGGGAGUUCAUGGUAGAUCACGUUCCCACUAUUCUUCUCUUUCCCAGAUACAGAAAACAUCUUAGCGUGAAGUUUCCUGACGACCUUCCCAUCACAUUACCCAACCUCCUCCGCUUCAUCCUGCAGCACUCUGGCUCUGUGCCUCAUGCACACAAACCAUCUGCUGACGGAGAAGGUCCAGGACACAGUGCUGUCCUUCAGUCAGAGUUUCUGACACUCCAGCGUGAAGUUCAAGCCCUGCAUCAUGCACGGGAACGUCUCUCCCAACAGCUCGCGCAACUGUGGCGCGACAACCGACGACUAAAAUUUGAUGCUCGCAGCUUAGAAGCUGAGAAUGCUGAUCUGCAGCGAGAGAGGCAGAGUUUGGAGGAGCAGCACCGGGAGAAAAGCCGGCAGCUUGGGGAGGCGGUGAGGCGGCUGCAGGAGCUGGCAGACACAUCUGAAAAUCUGCUGAAUGAGAACAUGUUGCUCAGGGUCCUGCUGAGGGCGCUGAAGGACAGGACCGAGGCUAGAGAGCAGACGGAAGUGGAGAAAAAAGAGGCAAAGCAGAAAAGAAGCCAUAUGGCCUCCUGAGCACAAGUCCACAGGGAACCCUGAGAAUGAGGCAAAGCAGAGGAAGAGAAAGGAAACCAGGCCAAGAAAUGAAGGAAAGGUUGACCUAGAGGAGAGAAAAGCUGUGAUUAGUUGUGAGAAAAUGAGGCUAAAAUGAGGAGAUCCUUUCAAAUCCAAAAGGCAACAGGCCAGUAAAUUUUCUCACGAGAGAAAAUAAGGAAGAGAUGACAGUUAGCAUCUUCCCAAAAGGACUGCUGCUCAGUCAGGCAGGAAAAUAAUGAGAGACAAAGGAGACAGGUGGAUAGGCAGUGAAGGAAACCACAGGCGGCGUCUGUGCUGUGAUCAUAUGAGCUUAUCCAACUCUUUGAAACUCACCAGUUUGGGAGUUCUGUGCCAACUUUCCAAGUCAGAUUUCUCAGUUCUGAUGCUGCUCUUGCAAAGAUUUAUGGAUUGCAUAAUUGUGAAGGAAUAAGAAGAGAACGCCUACUACACACACCCUGCAGCCAGAUGAAGCUUCCCUUAAUUACUGUAAACCAUGUGCCAAGGCUGGACUAAAAAACAUGCUCGAUGGGCUGGAAUUACCUGCAGCCUGUAACAAAAAGCUAAAGCUAGCAUAUUUGAAGAGCACUAAUCCCAUUCAUACAGCAGUUGUGUUAUAAAUCACCUCUGAUGGUGUUUUUCACCCUGAAAACGCUGCUUUUAAUGUGAAAAUCCCAGACUGGUUGUCCCGUCAUUUACAUGAAACUUGGUAGCCUGUCGGGUAUUUUCUGAUUACUUAACCUUUGUGUAAAUGGAAAUGAUGUUCAAACAUGGAAGAAGUUUGGAAGUGAAAGCAAAAAUAAUCGUCUAAAACAUUAAGGCCGCGGGAACUUUGAGAACUCGCAGUGUGUCCUCAACCUGCUGCUCUGAGCUCAGUGUCACAUGACUGACCUCCUGGAAAAGAUUCCCAUAAAUUCCUAAAAAUCGGCCAGCAUCAUUUGUUUUACAUACUUGUUAUUUUUGGCUGCAUUGUGAUUAAGUUGUGUGUGUGUGUAUGAUGAGCAAAUUUGAGUCCGUAGUGCUAUAAAAUGUCACACUGUUAAAAAUACUGGCGGAUACUGAUGUAAAUUUGAUUUACAUUGAAUAACGACUUGAGCCCUUUCCUUUAUAAUACCAGUCUGCAUGCACAUUUCUUGGACACAUUCUGUAAUUUACAGCUCAGUACUCGCUGAUUUUUAGGGAAUUAUGAGUUCAGUUUUCAUACUGUUUUUUGUUUAUUUUAAAUAUUUGCAGUACUUACUUGUGGUGCAGAUUUUGGCUGCAGGGAGAGAGGGCUACUAAUAAAACUGAGAAGUAAUUUAAUGCUGAACAUGUGUUCCCAUGAUUUUGUUUGGAGCAAUUAAGAGGACUCAAAACAAACAUUUUUUUUUUUUUUUUUUUUUUUAAGGGGAUGCUGUUCUUUUGUCAAACUAUUUUUACAGAAAUCCUCGAAUCACUAAAUAUUUCUAUGUAACUAUUCAGGUAUUAAUAACAUGCUGCAGCUGUUUACAUGUGAAAUAUUGCACCAGGUUUUUUACUGAUUAAAUAUCUUUCUUGUUAUUGUA